GGGUGAGGGAGGUGAUGACAGAGAAGAAGCUGGCCAUAGUGGACGCCGAUGAUUACGACGGUGCCGCCGAGGAUGACGACAAGCAGGACGACGAGAUAGCCGACGCUCGACAAAUCCGGUAGAAAACCAUGAGUGGUCGGUCUAGGACGAGCAAGGCUUCUGCGUCGACGGCACGACGGGGAAAAAAGGGGGCGGCUGCGGGGAGUGAGGGGGAAGGCGACGUGGAGGGCGAGGGCAGUCGAAACUUCUGGUCAGUCGACCACAUGGUCGCCCUCAUCAGGGCGAAGCGGGAGCAGGAUGCGCAUCUGCAGGGGAUGGGCCAUGCAUAUUCUCGCAUGAAGCGGAGGGAAUGGAAUUGGGCAGAUGUGAAAGAGAGGCUAAAGAAGGUUGGCGUGGAGAGGACACUCGAGAAGUGCGGGAAGAAAUGGGACAACUUGAUGCAACAGUUUAAGAAGUUGUACUUGUUCCAGGGGGAGUCUGGGAAACAUGACUUCUUUCAAUUGACGGGGAAGGAAAGGUCUGCUCAUGGCUUCAAUUUCACCAUGGAUCGGGUCGUGUAUGAGGAGAUCAAGGGUUCCACCGAGAAGAGUCACACCAUACACUCGGAGAAUGUAGCCGACACAGGCGGUUCCGGAGGUGUGCAACUGUCGUCCGGGUUUGCAGGCGGCCCUGAAUCUGUGGGUGAUGGGGACCCGGGUGCCAACGACAACGACGAAGACGACAACUGCACGAAAGGGUCUUUGAGAGCGUCGGGCAACACUGGCGGUUUCAGGAAGAAGAAGAACGUUAGGCAACAGACUUUCGAAGCUCUUAUGGAGUGCAUGGAGAGGUACGGGACGCUAAUGGCAAUGGCGAUGGAGAGUGCUAGCAAGAGGCAGUGUUCCAUUCAACUUCGACAAUGUGAAGCUUGGGAAGCAGAGGUGGAGGUGCAGAGAAAGCACUACGCGACGUCAAACGAUUUAAGCAAGCUCAUGUGCCAAGCACUGUUGGAGAUAGCGAAGGCUAUACGAGAGAGGUAGAUCAGGGAAUCCUGCCGUCAACGACAUUGCCCGGGGAACU